GGGGAGGUGGUGGGGGAGGCCGCGGCCGGGGACCCCCCGGGACCCCCUGAGCAGGGCGCCGGGGACUCCGAGACCGGGGGGGACACCACCCUGGUCGAUGUCACCGCUGGCUUGGAGACCGAGUCCUCUAAUGGGAAGGAUCCUCUAGAAGGUGCUGGGGACAGUUCUGAAGUCUUGGACACUCAGACGGGUUCAGUGGAUGAAGAGAAUGGGCGACAGCUUGGAGAGAUAGAGCUGCAGUGCGGGAUUUGUACAAAGUGGUUCACAGCGGACACCUUUGGCAUUGAUACUACAUCAUGUCUGCCUUUCAUGACCAACUACAGUUUCCAUUGCAAUGUCUGUCAUCACAGCGGGAACACAUACUUUCUAAGAAAACAAGCAAAUCUGAAGGAAAUGUGCCUUAGUGCUCUGGCCAACUUGACGUGGCAGUCAAGGACACAAGAUGAGCACCCAAAAACUAUGUUCUCAAAAGACAAGGAUAUUAUACCAUUUAUUGACAAGUACUGGGAGUGUAUGACAACUAGACAGAGACCUGGAAAAAUGACUUGGCCAAAUAACAUUGUAAAAACAAUGUGUAAAGAAAGGGAUGUGUUCUUGGUGAAAGAGCAUCCAGACCCAGGUAGUAAAGAUCCAGAGGACGAUUAUCCAAAGUUUGGGCUACUAGAUCAGGACCUUGCUAAUAUUGGUCCAGCGUACGAUAACCAGAAGCAGAGCAGUGCUGUAUCUACUAGUGGAAGCUUAAAUGGUGGAGCCUCUUUGGGAGGGGGCAUUCCAGCAGGAGGUAGCGGGAAAGGAAGAGGAGCAAAACGCAAACAGCAAGAUGGAGGGACCACAGGAACAGCCAAGAAAACCAGAAGUGACCCUUUGUUUUCUGCUCAGCGCCUGCCACCUCAUGGUUACCCUCUGGAGCACCCCUUUAAUAAAGAUGGAUAUCGUUACAUUCUGGCUGAGCCUGACCCCCAUGCGCCUGACCCAGAGAAACUGGAGCUAGACUGCUGGGCAGGAAAACCUAUUCCUGGAGAUCUCUACAGAGCAUGCCUAUAUGAACGAGUCCUCCUAGCAUUGCAUGACCGAGCACCUCAGCUAAAGAUCUCUGAUGACAGACUGACCGUUAUCGGAGAGAAAGGAUACUCCAUGGUACGAGCCUCACAUGGGGUGCGGAAGGGAGACUGGUACUUUGAGAUAUCUGUGGAUGAGAUGCCUCCAGACACAGCUGCCAGACUUGGCUGGUCGCAGCCACUAGGGAACCUGCAGGCUCCCCUAGGCUAUGACAAGUUCAGUUACUCCUGGCGCAGCAAGAAGGGAACAAAGUUUCAUCAGUCCAUAGGCAAACACUAUUCAGCUGGCUAUGGGCAAGGAGAUGUACUGGGUUUUUAUAUCAGUCUUCCUGAAGAUACAGAGACAGCAAAGUCACUGCCUGAUACCUAUAAAGAUAAGGCUUUGAUCAAGUUCAAAAGUUACUUGUAUUUUGAAGAGAAGGAUUUUGUGGAUAAAGCAGAGAAGAGCCUAAAGCAAACUCCUGGAAGCCAAAUAAUCUUCUAUAAAAAUGGUGUCAGCCAAGGAGUUGCCUUUAAAGAGAUUUUUGAAGGUGUUUAUUUCCCUGCCAUUUCUUUGUAUAAGGGCUGCACGGUUUCAGUAAACUUUGGACCGUACUUCAAAUACCCUCCAAGAGACAUCACGUACCGCCCCAUGAGCGACAUGGGCUGGGGUGCUGUUGUAGAGCACACAUUGGCAGAUGUCCUGUAUCAUGUGGAGACAGAAGUUGAUGGAAGACGAAGCCCACCGUGGGAGCCCUAGAGGAGAUGCUGUAUAUACCGAUAUCUUAAACACUGGACAAACAUGGUUUAUUUCUAGAGAAUUGCAACAUCAGUUUCU